AAAAAUUUAUAGGAUAGGCAAAAGCUAGCUAACAAGCACAAGAAUACAUAAAGGUGAAGGCUGUUUGUGUACAGGCUAAUUAAGUUUUUGUUGUUUUAUAUUGUAUACCAUUGAACUUGCAAAUUCCUUGACUUCCAAGGCUGCCUUUUGUCUUCACCACAAGACUCCUUCCCUUCUGCUUCAAAGUUUCCGAAAUACUAAUUUGUUGCCUUCUUCCUCGCUUUGAUCAAACCUUUUGUUUUCAUCUCAUCGCCAACUCACACAGAGAGUCACACUCAUAAUAAUCCAUUAUAUAUACAUCCUAUAUACAUCAGUUAUGGUUUCUGAUUUCUUUUCGAGUAAAAUGCCCUGGAACUGCUUUUGUUGCGUCUCUCAGGAAGAGGAUCAGCCAGAGACCCCCAGGGUGACCAAGAAUAGAGAUUACCCUUGGGAUAUAUACCCUCUCAAAGAGCUUCUUCAUGCAACAAACAACUUCCACCAUGAAAACAAGAUCGGUGAGGGAGGUUUUGGAAGUGUUUAUUGGGGUCGAACAAGCAAAGGCGUGGAGAUAGCAGUGAAACGACUAAAGACCAUGAGCGCAAAGGCUGAGAUGGAGUUUGCGGUGGAAGUUGAGAUACUAGGGAGGGUGAGACAUAGAAAUUUGUUAGGGCUGCGUGGAUUCUACGCCGGAGGUGAUGAAAGACUAAUAGUGUAUGAUUUCAUGCCUAAUCAUAGCCUGAUCACCCAUUUACAUGGCCAACUUGCAAAUGAUUGUCUUCUUGAUUGGCCAAGAAGAAUGAGCAUCAUCAUUGGAGCGGCUGAUGGCUUAUCGUACCUGCACCAUGAGGCCAAUCCUCAUAUAAUACACAGAGACAUAAAGGCAAGCAAUGUGCUUCUAGACAUUGAUUUUCAAGCAAAAGUUGCUGAUUUUGGAUUUGCAAAGCUGAUUCCGGAGGGUGUGAGUCAUCUGACUACUAGAGUGAAAGGAACUCUUGGAUAUUUAGCUCCUGAAUAUGCUAUGUGGGGAAAAGUUUCAGAAAGUUGUGAUGUUUAUAGCUUUGGUAUCUUGCUUUUAGAAAUAAUUAGCGGAAGAAAGCCAAUAGAGAAACUCCCUGGCGGAGUGAAACGUGACAUUGUGCAAUGGGCAACCCCUUAUGUCCAAAAGGGUGCAUACAAUCACAUUGCAGAUCCAAAGUUGAAGGGCAAGUUCGACCGCGAACAAGUGAAGUCCACUAUCAUGAUUGCGAUGAAAUGUACCGAUAACAGCCCCGAGAAUCGACCCACAAUGAAAGAAGUAGUGGAUUGGCUUAAGGGGGGAAUAGGAACAAGGAAGAAAGAUUUAACAGAUGUGGGAGGCAUCGAGGAUGAUGAAAAUGAAGAAAACGACGGAAAUGAUACCGAUUUUGAAGGGUACGAGAUGGAGGUUUCUGAUACCAAAAAGAAUAUAACAAAGGCUAAAUCACAAAGGAGAUGAUGAAUCCAAAUCUCAAUCUUUUAUUUUGGGAGACAGAUCAAAUGUAUCUCUUUGGCCUUUGUAUUUUGUUUGUGAAUUGAAAUGUUGUAUCAUCCUGACCUUAAUUAUAAUUAGUUAUCUGUGAGUCAUCAUCAGUCAUGUACGUACGUAACUUGAGAAAUUAGUAAACAUGACUUGGUCUUUC